AUGUCGAACUCCACUCUGCAGGCACAGAGCAAGAAGCAGAGACUCGUUGAGCUCGGGCGUGCCAUCUUUAAACGCCAAAGCGGCUCCAACACCAUCAGCGCUCGCUCCCAACGUGUAUUCCGCGCCACGAAAGCAAAGGGCAUCUGGAAAAACGGUCUCGAAAAAGCUCGUCAACAAUGGGGUAAAGUUCGAAAACACAAGCGGAGCACGAAGAGGGAAAGCACGUUUGACUCGAUCUACCCUGUGGGUCGAACCUCCAGGCCGAUCCAACACGACUUCUCCCAGCUUUAUCAAGACUUCACACCAGAGCAAUCCCCAUUUCCACCUGGCGGUGAGAGCAACCGAACCUCCGCUGUCUCUGUUACCGUGACCACACCAAGCCCGUCGAAUUCGCAACGAGACCAGGGGAAGCGGCAGUCUCAAUACAUCGUCCACAACCCUGACGAGCCGUCUCCCCUGUUCACUGGACGUCUUCGCCCUCGCCCUGAAUCCGUAUCCAUUGCUCAACCUCCAGCAUCGAUGAUUGGUGAAGCACCAAGCUCUCCUACCACAGCACGUACUUCGAGUAACACCGCGACAAACUCAGAUGUUAGCUCUAAGCAGUGGUCUUCCAGAAUGUCUCCACGCUCGAGAUGGAGCUUGAGUGGCUUCAGCUCCGGCAGUCCCACGCCAGACACGGAGAACUUUCCCGGCCAGGUCAAUCCCAAUGAGGUGGCUAAGAAGAGAAAGUCUAAGGAGACCAGGCGCGACUCUAAUGACAUACUGGAUGGCCAUCCUCGGUCUGAUCGACAGCGUCUCUCCAGCCAAGGAGAACAUACCGCUGUUGAGGUGACCUUGCCUCUUCGGCGGGCAUCGAUACCACCCCAGACGCCUUCUGUGCUGAAGCCUGGCAGGGGAGCAUCUCGGCCUGCGACCAUGCACUUUACACCUCCAAAGCUUUCUCCAGUACAAGAGAGUGCUUUCAGCAGCCCUGAUCGCAACGGCUUCGAACAAGGGCCAGAGAUCCCACCUGUUGCAUUCCCUGGGACGACGAUGGAGGGCUUGAGGAAAAGCAUCUACGACAUCGCUGGUCAUCCUCUAGAGAAUCAGCACUCUUGUGGUCGGGAUGAAGCUCUAGAUGCUUUGGAAGGCAAGCGCCCGUUCAAGACUGCAGCACGUCUUAGCACGGUCCGUUUCGGGGGCUCAGAGCUCUCUCCAGUGCAAGAGAGUGCUUUUAGCAGUCCCGAUCGUAGCGGUUUCAAGCACGGCCCGGAGCUACCACAUAUCCCAUACCCUGACUCAACGAUGGGUGACUUGAGAGACAGUCUCUAUGAUGUCGGUAAUACAGUGCCGAAAGCACAGCCCGACGCACACAUCGAUACCUUGGCCGCUCUUGAGGGUAAACGCCCCAUCGUCCGGGAGCCUUCCCAGAUCACCGAUCGUGAAGUCGACUCGGCGAUGAACGCAAACCACGCUCGCGGCUACCCAGGACAGGGAGCCUAUCGCACCUCCAAGUACGAGCCCUUCCAGAAAGGCAAGGUACAAAAACCGAAGCCGGUACCGAUAGCUACCAUGGGCCGAUCAAGGACCACGACUCCAAACACGCCUCCGCGGUCGUCGCGGGGCAAGCAGCCUGCCGAUGCGAGGGUUCGGGAGAAUCUUGAGAAGGCGCGCGAGGAGGUUGAUAAGAAGCACAAGCGGCUCUCGGAGAUGCUUGACCACGGCGUUGUUGUGACUCCAGCUUCGGUCAGCAUGCAAGGCUCGAGCGCUGAUGGAAGUUCUGAAUCUCCCCUGGAGCCAAACCCAGACCCUGUCGCAGCCCCCCGUCCUCCACCCAUCACCAUCACUCGCAAACCCGUCGCCAAGCAACCCUCGCAGAAGAAACCCGAUGUCCACAAACCUCUGCCGACUCUGCCUCCCACAGCACCACCAUCAGCCGGCCGCCUCACCCUCCUCGAAACCCGCCUCGCCGCCCUCGAAUCCCAAGUCGCAACCAGACCCCGCGCACCGCUCUCCAACGCAGCCGCUGCCGCAGGCGCCGCUGCGUCUCUCCACUCCGCUAUCCGGGCGGGAUCUACUGUGCCGAGGGGCCCUCAUCGUGCGAGGGCUUCGAGGAAGAGGGAUGUUCAUCAUGAGUAUGUGCAGCCGGAGCAGCCGAGCGCGGGGAAGAUACUGCGGGAUGUGGUUGGGUUGGGGAGGGGGGUUUGGUGGAGGUUGUAG